GGCCCUAUCCUCUCCCUCGCCCUAACCUCCCGUCAAUCCGGCUACCUGACAUCAGUCUCCUCUCAUGUAUUAAGCUUUGAAAUGAGUCUCCUUAAUUGACGAUUCUGGAAUUCGGAGGCCUGGAAUUCGGAGGCCCAGGAAUCAUGAUGCAGCAGGCUCAGGCGCACACCUCGGCACUUGCGGGAGCGCCGUCGGCGUCGGCGGUGGCACCGACGGUGGCUCACCCGCACGAUCCGGUGGGCGGGGAUGCGCCGCCGAAGCAGGUGGCUCAGGCGAUGGAGCGGCUGGGCCGUGCUGGCCGGUUCAUCGCGGACAUCCGGCUCGGCGCGGACCGCCUCCUCGAGGCUCUUUUCGUCUCCGGCGACGCGCCCCCGUACAGCGUGCGCCAGCACGUCGACAGGAUGGAGCGUAUUAUCGUCAAGGAGGAUGCCGCCAUGCGCCUCCACUUUCAGGACCUACGCGCCCUCGGCAGGAAGGCAAUUAGAGGAGUCUGGAGUUCUUAACGGGGCCCUUAAAGCUCAAGGCAAUUCAUGGGGCUUGCACAUGCCACUCGUUUGUCCAGAUGGUGCUGUUGUAGCUUAUGCUUGGAAGCGUCAACUAGCAGGUCAGGCUGGUGCAUCUGCUGUGGACAGGACUAGGUUAGCUCUCAAGGCUUUCACUGACCAGAAAAGAAGAUUCUUUCCUCAUCUAGAAGAUGAAGUUGUUAGCCAUCUCCAUGAUGGUCAACCUGGUGACACCAAAAAGUCAAAGUUGUUUACCAGCAAUGGAUAUCUAGAGGAAAAAUCUUUGUCUGAAAUACUGAAAAAUUUAGAACAUGAAGUACCUAACAUAAAAAUAUUCACAUACUGGCAUCUGGAUUGGUCAAAAAGAGCUUCAUCAUUAGCAUCUCUGUUGGAUGAUGACUUUGUGGAUCCAUCUAAAGAGCUGAACCUGCAAAAUAUGGACAAAUCGAGAUCUGAUGCUCUGACAACUACCAUAGACCAAGUUGCUGUUAUUGAAUUGCUGGUUCCUUCAAUAUUUAGAGCUGUAGUGUCAUUGCAUCCUGCUGGAUCUACUGAUCCUGAUGCAGUGGCAUUCUUCUCUCCCACUGAGGGAGGAAGCUAUCUUCAUGCAAGGGGCACAUCGGUACAUCAUGUGUUUAAGCAUGUAAAAGAACAUGCUGACAAGGCAUUGCAGUACUUCAUCAAUGCGGAGCCGAGUAAAGCACUACCUCUUCUUUUGCGUUGGAUUGCCAGCUAUCAGACUCUGUUUACGAAGGUUUGCAGCAAAUGCAGACGGCUUCUGAUGAUGGACAAGUCUUUGGCUUUGCUGUUGCCUCCUGUCCACCGCCCCUAUCACCAGACUUCAAAUGUUGGACCAGAUCUUCAAGAGGCCUACCACAUUGGAUGUUCCUCCUACGAUGGCUAGCUGAUGCUUCUAAGAUGUUCCUGACAUUGUCAUUGACAUAGUACGUGUACAACAGUCCUGUGUGAAACAAUGUUCUUUUUUUUUUGGAAUGUAUCCAACCCAUUAGGUGACAUAUGUAUAGAAACGUUACUGGUUGCUUAGGUACUUGAAGUUCUACGCUCUUGCUCAAAUUAACCUACAGAUUAAUUCAGAUUAACAAAAUCCAGAACUGGUCCAAA